UUCUCUUUCAAUUAUAACACGUGAUUUCACAAUACCUGCACGCAUGACUUCACUCAAGACGAUUGCUCGAGGCGGGAGGGUCUACUUAGCACAUCGCAUUUCGCUAGCCAUUCUGUAAACAGGCUUCCUCUCUUCCUUUGAAUAUUUUGGCGUCUGCCUAUCAUUACAAAUCAGAAGUCAAUCAUGAUGGACGAACAAAAUCAAGAUGCCAACUCGGCGCUCAUGGAACUUGAUAAAGGUCUUCGUGCUCAAAAAGUUGGCCAGCAAUGUGAAGCAAUUGUUCGAUUUCCUGGAUUAUUUGAGAGAUUUCCAUUCCCAAUUCUUAUCAACUCUGCAUUCUUGAAGCUGGCAGAUGUGUUUCGUGUUGGGAAUAAUUUUCUUCGUCUUUGUAUACUUCGAGUGUCUCAGCAAAGCAAUAAACAUCUUGAUAAAAUUCUUAACAUAACAGAAUUCAGAAGAAGAAUUUCAGUAGUUAUUCAUAGCAAUGAUCCAUAUGCAAGAGCAAUAACUUUAAGGAUGCUGGGCAGUAUUGCUUGUAUAAUAAGUGAUGAAAAAAGUGUUCACCACAGUAUAAGACAAGGUUUAGAUUCUCAUGAUCGUGUUGAGCAGGAAGCUGCAAUAUAUGCAACUAUUCAAUUUGCUUCACAUUCGGGGGAAUUUGCUACAAGUAUUUGCAAUAAGAUUGCAACAAUGUUACAGGGGCUGUCAACACCGCUUGAAAUUAAACUGAAGUUGAUUCCGGUUCUUCAGCAUAUGCAUUAUGAUGUCCAGGUUUCAUCAAAAUCAAGAGCUGUCUUGAAAGAUUUGUUGCCUGCCUAUCCUGCACAAGAUUUUGUUGUGACAACUUUAAACACAUUGACAAGCUUAUCAAUGCAUUCUUUAGUUGAUGUUCCAUCACAGGUUUCCCUGCUUUUGCAAUAUUUGAGAUGUGAUCCAAGAGAAGCGGUUAAAACUGUCACUCUACAAAAUUUGAAUAUGCUUGCUAAGUCUGGUCCACAUCUUUGGUCAAUAGAAGACACCAAUGAACUUUGCAAGGCUUAUUCAUUGUCAGCAAUGCAAUCGUCAUUAAAAGGAGCUAUACUUCAAGUACUUUGUACCUUGGCUAGUGGCAAUACAGUGUUACACUUGAAUCUUAGCGAUGGUAGCGAUCUUAUCAAUCUAUGUAGAAAAUGUUGUUACGACAGAGAUGUACGACAAGCAGCAUUAGCAAGUAGAUUACUAGCUAUGCUUGCAACUCAUGCUACACAAUCUGACCAAGGAUCAACUGCUUUACAAAGUGAAUUAUUACAAGAGUCAGCUGAUGCUGUAGAAUCAUUGUUGUUCAUUCUUGCUCCAUCUAGUGAUUAUUCUUCUAAAGAUAAAUCAACAUUAGAAAUAGUUCUUCCAGCAAUUAGUGAACUUUGUCAAGUUUGUGAUGCUGAAGUUGUUACAAGGUUGAUAGAAGUUGUUGUGAGCUUACUAACAUUGGAUUGCCAACCUGAUGGAGAUGUUGCUUCAAUGUUAUGUGAAAUACUGGCUUCAAUUGCUUCUAAGAGCAAAAAGCCAGAUCUUUUGAAGAAAUUUUCAUCAAAUCUGAUAGAACUUUUGUCAAAUGUUGUUGAAACUGUGGAUGAUAGUUCAGAACGAAGUUCUUCUAACUUACAGAAAGUUAUUACUCACAUAUGUACAUUGUUGUUCCUAUCAAAUCAAUCGUUCAAUGAAGCCGACCUAGGUGAAAGAAUUCUUGACAUUAUAACUGAUACUGAGUCUGCAGCAAAUAAAUGGACUUGGUACAGAGUCGCAAGACAAGCAUCUAGACUGGGUGAACAUAAUCUUGCCAGCAAACUGUUCCUCAAACUUUCUUCAGCUGUUGCAUCAGAACAAUAUUACUUUUGGUUGAGUGCUCUACACCAGUUUGAACUCGCUGAAUCUGGUUUACUCUCAGUUUCCUCAAAAACAAAGAAGGAUGCAACUUCUUUAUUUACUCCAACUGUUUUAUUCGAAGCUUCUCAGCAUUAUCAGCAAGGCUUGACUGCACUGAGUGCUGCAGUGAGUCCAGAUCAUCCUUUGCAUUUUCAAUCCAGAUUUGUAAAGUUACGAUGUGACACAUUACUUGCCUAUUCACAACUUUUGAUGACUUGCCAGCAAAUUCAUUUGUCACCACCACCUGCCAUUGCAGAUUCCAGCUCUGAUCAGUCAGGAAUGUCAUCAAAUAUAAAAGAUGAGAUUGUCGCUUCAAGAUGUGGAGUCUUAAGCAGUCAGUUGAAACAUUGUGCUGGAGAAUUUAUAGCAAUAGCAAACAGAUAUGGAGAUCUUCACUUAACAUCAUUUGAUGCUGAUCCAUCUACGCUUGCAAAUAUUGAUAUAUUGCAGCGUAGUUGUUCAGUAUUGUCACAUGCUAUAGAACUUCUUGCUAACUGUAGAGGACAAGAAACCACAUCGAUAAGAAGAGUUGGCUCUUUCAGUAAAGAUUUAUCAAUAGAAAGAGAUAAUUAUAAUACCACAGUUUUACUGGAGACAUUCGAUACAAUCAUGUCAAAAUUGGAUAAAGUAUUUCGUAGUUCUGCAUCUUCGUCUUCAUUCAGCAAUAUACACGCAGACUGCAUUCUUCAAUGUGCAUCUCUUUUGCUUUCAAUUCCAAUUUCUUAUCCAAGAUACUUUUAUCAGAGCUUACAAACAACUACAAUAAAGCUUGCUAUAUCACCAAGUCAGCGAUCGCCUAAUGAUCCGGUUACUGUUGAUGUGUGUGAGAGGUUAGCUCUCAAAAUUGAAGGUGUGAUAAGACAUGGUGGACCUGGUGGUACUACAUUGGGAGAAGCAGACAAAGCAACAAGCAAGAGUGGUUUUGGUAAUAAUGGAAAAGAAAAGCGUUGUGCAUUUCGACAUGUUUCUGAAAUCAAAUUAUCAGUAAGAACUAAUCAAGCACAACAAGGAAGGCAAGCAUCUAUGAAUGUCAAGCUCUCUGAUUCCGGAAAUUUUCUUGAAGAAACUGUGAAACCACACAAUGAUUAUUUCAGCACACAAUUUUUACUCUCUUUUCCUGCUUUGGGCAAUCAUAAUAUCAUUGUUGAAUCGAGUUUGAUAGACGAACAUGGAAUGUGUUGGAAGUGUGGACCAACUGAGUCAUUGACAGUACGAAGUUUGGAUGAUUCUAUAAGAGUUAAAAAUCUGAUUCAACAGAGUCAGGGAUCUCAUAAAUAGUCUUCAUCUAUUGUUGGAAAAACUAGCCUGUCUUUGCUAAACUAUUGUGUUGCGACAUCUUACGAUAUCUACUGCAAUAAACUAAUACAACAA